AUGGCACAAACAUUGACCAUUCGCAACGACGUUCCUGGCAAUUCCAGUACCCCUAACCUUUAUGGUCUCAUGUAUGAGGAUAUCAAUCGAUGUGGUGAUAGUGGUAUUUAUGCACAAAUGCUACGCAACUGGAACUUCCAAGCCAAUGAUACGGGUGGAGCAGCUGAUCUUGAAUUCUGGAACGUGCUUGGUGGCGACAAGGCUGCCAGCAUUGCUUUGGAUGCCAAACAUGGUUUGAAUGAUAUCAACACCAAUUCCCUUCGUUUGGAUGUCAAGUCUGUCAGCGAUGGCCGUGUGGGCAUUUCCAAUGAAGGCUGGUGGGGUAUUCGCGUGCAGCCUGAUGAAACUUACAAGGCCAGCUUUUUCGCAAAGGCAUCGGAUGGAUUCUCGGGUCCUUUGAAUGUCACUCUUGAAUCAAGUUCAGGCACCGUACUCGCUUCUGCUUCCGUGGAUGGUUUAUCUGAUACCUUCCAAAAGUUUAAUGUCGAGCUCAAGGCUGAUGUGAAGGAGGUCUCCACUGACAACGUCUUUGGUGUCUCCGUGGACUCAAAAGAUGCGGAGGGAAAAUCGCUCUGGUUCCAAGUAUUCACUCUCUUUGGAGACACUUACAACGAUCGUGAAAAUGGUCUUCGUCCCGAUCUCGCAGAGACUCUCAAGGGUCUCAAUCCCCACUUUUUCCGAUUCCCUGGUGGCAACAAUCUCGAAGGCAUGUCCAUCGAUCAACGCUGGAAGUGGAAUGAGACCGUUGGCCCACUUGAAGAACGCAAGGGUCGCUUUGGCAACUGGGAAUACUGGAACACCAAUGGCCAAGGUCUCCUCGAUUACAUGUACCUUACCGAAGAUCUUGGUAUGACUCCGGUGCUUGAUGUUUGGGCAGGCUAUGCUUUGGAUGACUCAAGUGUCCCUGAGGAUGAGCUCGAGCCUUACAUUCAAGAGGUCAUGAAUGAACUUGAAUACUUGAUGGGUGACACCUCUACCGAAUACGGCAAGCUUCGUGCUGAGCAUGGUCGUGAGGAGCCUUUUGAAAUCCCUUACAUUGAGAUUGGCAACGAGGACUGGUUCUCCACCACCUAUGAAUACCGAUACCGUGCUUUCUAUGAUGCCAUCACUGCCAAGUAUCCCGAUGCCAAAAUCAUCUCCACUGCUGCCCAAGAAUCCCGCCCUUAUGAUCUUAUCGAUGAUCACUUUUAUGUCACUAGCGCUGAAAUGAUUGACAAGUUCAAUUACUAUGACAACUAUGCUCGUAGCGGUAAUGGCAGUGGUAUCUUUGUCGGUGAAUUUGCAACCAACACCAAGGGAUGCUGUGGCACUUCACCUGCCAGCAUGGAAGCUGCCUUGGCUGACAGUGUCUUUAUCACCGGUUUGGAACGUAAUUCGGACUUUGUCAAGAUGAUCGCUUAUGCUCCUUACAUUAAGCGUCACAAGCAAGAGCAAUGGGAUCCUGACAUGAUCCAUUUUGACACCGAAAAGGUGUGGGUUGCUCCUUUCUACUACGUGAUGCAGAUGUACAACAAAUAUGACUUUGACACCAUUCUUCAAGUGGAUGCUGAUGGUAUUAACUUUGGUCCUCUCUACUGGGUUGCUGGUUCGAACAAGGAGAAGAAUCAAAUCUACGUCAAGGCCGUCAACGUGGGUGGUGAUGAGCAAUCGGUCAGCUUCAACUUUAAGGGUCUCAACGUCAAGAAGAAUGGCGAAGCCCACAUUGUUGCUGGUCAACCGGACGACGAGAACACCAUUGAUUCCCCCGAUACAAUCCAACCCAAGCAAUCUAAAUUCAAGACCACCGACAAGUCGUCCUUGGAUUACACCUUUGAGCCAUACUCUGCUACUGUCUUGGUGCUGGAUAUCAACUAG